CAUAUUUAGCAAUUCAAGAAUUUGAAGCCGACGCUGUUAUAUAAAACGCGAUCUCUGGUUACCCCAAGCCCGAAUCACGCUCGAUCUCCCUUACGACCACUAGAUUUUGCCCUAUACCAUGAGCACCCAUCUUACCGUUAGCCAGCCUGGCCAGGGAAGCCAACUAAAGUCCCCUCGCGCCAGAGGACAUUCUGCAAUGGACUUCAAAAGCGCGACGACUGGUGUGGCCGCCAAGGCCAUGCGAAAUGAACUCAAUAACCUUGUAUCCCAAGUCCAGGACCCCCAAACGCGCAAGAUUUUCGAUGCUGAGAUGCAAAGCUGUUUCUCCCUCUUCAGUCGAUAUCUGGCAAACAAGGCGAAGGGUGACAAGCUUGACUGGGAUAAGGUCAUCUCGCCCUCCAGGGACCAGGUGGUCGAUUAUAACACUCUUCCCGCAACGAUUGACGCAUCCGUCCUUAACAAGAUCGCAGUCCUGAAGCUCAAUGGUGGGCUUGGUACUAGCAUGGGCAUGGGUGGUGCACCCAAGUCUGCCAUUGAAGUACGAGAGGGAAUGACUUUCCUGGAUCUCUCCGUCCGCCAAAUCGAGCACCUCAACGAAAUCCACAAAGUCACCGUGCCGUUCAUUCUCAUGAACUCAUUCAACACAGACGACGAUACCCAGCGCAUCAUCCAGAAGUACGCUAAUCAUAAUAUCCAGCUCAUCACCUUCAACCAGAGUCGGUACCCUCGCAUUGGGAAGGAAAGCCUUCUUCCCGUCCCACGCAGUCCGACUUCGGACAAGAGCGAAUGGUAUCCUCCUGGACACGGAGAUCUCUUUGAUGCCCUGACGAACUCUGGCUUACUGGAUCGUUUGAUCACUGGUGGAAAAGAAUACAUUUUUGUUUCGAACGUGGACAAUCUUGGCGCGGACGUGGAUCUCCGCAUCUUGAAGCACCUCGUUGACAGUCAGGUCGACUUCUUGAUGGAGCUGACUGAUAAGACCAAGGCUGACGUUAAAGGUGGUACGAUCAUCAACUAUGAGGGGCAAGUUCGGCUUCUCGAAAUUGCUCAGGUGCCUUCCGAGCACGUCGAGGAUUUCAAGAGUAUUCGGAAGUUCGCUUACUUCAACACAAACUCUGUUUACAUCCACCUUCCCGCUUUGAAACAAAUCAUGGAGAGCGGAGGGAUGGAGUUGGACAUUAUUGUCAACCCCAAGGUGACUGAUGAUGGCCAACCUGUCGUCCAGCUAGAGACAGCCAUCGGUGCAGCCAUCAAGCACUUCAAGAAUGCCCACGGUAUCAACGUUCCCCGUUCGCGAUUCUUACCCGUGAAGAGCUGUUCCGAUUUGCUCCUCAUCACCAGCGACCUUUAUAGUCUGGAGCAUGGAAAACUCGUCAUGAACCCUAAACGAAUGUUCAGUCAGACUCCUGUCGUUAAACUCGGCGAUACAUUCAAGAAGAUUGCUAACUUCCAGAAACGUUUCCGUACGGUGCCGAAUAUUCUCGAGUUGGAUCAUUUGACGGUUGCGGGCGAUGUUUGGUUCGGCCGUAAUAUUACCCUACGUGGGACUGUGAUCAUCGUCGCGAACGAGGGAUCGCGGAUUGAUCUCCCUGAUGGUUCCAUCCUUGAGAACAAACUCGUUUCGGGUAACAUUUCUAUUAUCGAUCAUUGAGUUGUUCGAGCUGCCGCUGCGACGUCGACCCGCUCUAUACUCGUGGCGGGAUCAGAUCACUGGUCCCCUUCAUUCCUGUUAAUAUGUUGUUGUCUGUAACACGUUCUUAUGUGUCGCAUCACUCAAAAUACCAGCUUUAACUGAACGGCUCAGGAUAGGCUCCGCACACAAUCGUGCCCAUGUUUAUGUGCUGUUUCGCUG